AUGCCAUUCCAGCCACUCGAAUCCGCACCUCUGAAUCCUCCGUCGCAAACUCCCACCAACGCGGGUCCACUGCAUCCCAGAAGCUUGUCUGGUAGCUAUAACGUUGCCUCCAAUCCCAGCGCUGUUUCACAACCAUCGCACGAACAUUUAAACUCGCAUAGCUGUGUCACAUGUCGCCGGAGAAAGGUACGCUGCAAUAAAAGGUCACCAUGCUCGAAUUGCAUGAAGGCGGGGAUCGAAUGCGUCUUCCCUGCUCCCGGAAGAGCCCCCCGCAAGCAAAGACGGCAACAAGACCCGGAAUUACUGUCGCGGCUAAGGCGUCUGGAGGGCAUGAUCGAGCAGAUCAAGGAUAAUAAGACCGACAAUGUGUCACUUCCGUCACGGUCUCCCGUCGAAAGUGUCGCGAAUGCAGCCAACGAGCAACCACAGCCAAUUGGGAAAGGCAAAGAACAAGCUGUGGGAGGAGAACACCAAGAGUGUCCGUUUAUGGUUGACCAAGACCCCACAAAGCUAGCACCGCAGAAGCUGGAAAAUGAAUUUGGGCGGCUGGUCAUUGAUGAAGGACGGAGUCGUUAUGUGAGCAAUCGGUUUUGGGCAACUAUGGGUGACGAGAUUGAGGAGUUGCAGGACAUCCUUGAUCCUUCUUCGUCGGAAGACGAAGACUAUCCUUCUCCGGAGUCGUCUACAGGCUCGACUGGUCAUGACGGAUUCUUAUUUGGCUUCUACUCGCUAUCUCAUUCCCUGAGGGGUUACCAUCCACCCCCAGAGCAGGUUACCUUUCUUUGGAAUGUCUACCUGGAAAAUGUGGCACCGGUGAUAUCUCUUCUUCACAGACCUACAUUAAGUACCCUCUUCAAUGGCCCCGCGCAGAAUCCUGAUCUCCUGGAUAAAAAUUCCGAGGCAUUGGUAGUCACGAUAUACUUUGUUACCGCUGUCAGUCUGUCGCAGGAACAAUGCCAAUUGAAAUUGGGUGAAAGCCGUGAAGCAGUGGUUAGCCGCUAUCGGUUUGCCGUUGAACAGGCAUUGUCCAAAGCGAAUCUGCUGAAUACUCAAAACUUGAUGCUUCUCCAAGCAGCCGUACUUUUCCUUAUCGGUGUGCGUCGGGAGGACGAUACGAAGUUUGCCUGGGCCAUGACGUCGGUUGUUCUUCGGCUCGCUCAAGGACUUGGCCUGCAUCGGGAUGGCACAAAUUUCGGUCUGAAACCCUUCGAAACAGAGAUACGUCGACGGUUGUGGUGGCACAUCUGCUUGUUGGACAUCUGUACUUCUGAAGACCACGGAACUGAUACACAACUUCAUGAAAAGCUGUACGACACUCGACUCCCACUGAACGUCAAUGACGAUGAUAUAGCACCUGACAUGCAGGAACCUCCUGUCGAGCGGGAAGGCUGUUCAGAAAUGACCUUCUCUUUGGUUCGUUUUGAGAUCACCACCGUCCUUCGUCGGGUAAGCUAUAAUUGUCCGGGUGGCCGAUACCGCCUUGGACAUACGCAACCGUCUCCUGAUACGUGUGGAAACAUGCUUCAAGCGGUGAACCACCGCAUGGAAGAGCGAUAUCUAAGACAUUGUGAUAUGAAUAUUCCAAUAUAUUGGGUCUGCGCUACUGUUGCUCGCUUAAUAUUGGCGAAGACUUGGCUUAUCAUCCAUCAUCCAAUGACCCGAGGUGAUCGUGGGGCCAAAUUAUCAAGUGCAUCCCGAGAGAAUCUCUUUUUUACUUCAAUCGAAGUGAUUGAAUUUGCUCGCUUAUUGGAAAACAAUGAGCACACGUCCAAAUGGGGUUGGCUAUUCACCACUUACAAGCAUUGGCAUGCUAUAGCUUUGAUUCUAUCCGAGCUUUGUGUCCGUCCUCUUUGUCCGAUUACCGAUCGGGCGUGGCUGGCAGUGCAUUCUGUGUAUGGAAGGUUAGAGCAGCAUGCUAAGCAAAAGAAGGGCAUGAUGUGGCGGCCAAUAGCAAAGUUGAUGAAACGAGCUGCUGCUGUCCGGGCCAAACAACGGGAAGAAAUGCAGACUGAGCCAACAGCUUGUCCAGCGAUAACUGACCCUACAUUCUCACCAGCACAAUCGGGACAGGGAUGUGCUAAUCUUUGCCUUCCUCAAUUCAUGCCUCGUAUUGAAGCUCCUUUCGACACACAGGUUUCAAUGCCUACUCCGUCGCAGGUGUCGUAUAAUCAACAGCCGGCCAUGGGCCUUGGUGAUAUCGAUAUCUCUAAGGGGGAUAUGGGUGUCAUCAACGAUCUUUUUCCGGGUACGGACUUUUUGGCUGUUGACCAUACGGCCCAGUCACCAGUUAUCAGGACAGACACAUCAGCUGGCAUCCCAAACGCCCCAAUGGCACCGAUGGACGACCAACAAGUCCCGUCGAAUUCGCGACUCAAUUGGGAAGAAUGGGAUCAAGUUAUGCGUGACUUCCAGAUGGACCUGCAAAGAACGCAGGAUAGUCAGCCGUUUGGGAAUAUGUCCGACUGGCUCGCAUGA